AUGAGGCUCCAUAUUUUUCAUUCCUGUGUAAAGACAAGGAUGGUUUUGUAUAAUGUACAUAAAUUCAUUCAAAGGAUUGUGACUGCCAAAGAAGACGGCUCUCUAUGGAGACUUGUCAAUGAUGAUCAAGUGACCCUGAAAAGCAAAAUGAAAACAAUCACAGUGGAUGGAAAGCUCCAUCUGUGCUUAUUUGCACUAAAGGACAUCGGUCCUGGGGAAGAGAUCAGAUACAACUACAGAGAUUCUGACUGGCUGUGGAGAAGCAAGAUUUCAACUGAGACGGAUCCUCAACUGAGACUGAAUGACAACAUUCAACAGAACUGCAACCAUGACUUAGUCUCCUCAGUAUUAUCAAGCUUAGGUAAAUGUGCAGGCUGUAGUGGACCCUUUCCUGCUUUUAGGUGGAUCGGUGUGAGAUGUAAGGGUGAGUAUUUUGUUCUGAUAAAUAAAAACAUUUUCUAUAAAUGCUUUACCAUAAAACUUCAAAUUAUCACAGAGGUCUUUGUUUUUCCAUUACAUUCAAAGCAGUUUUCUACAAAUGUAUUUUAUUUUAAAGAGGGCAACAACUGCCUCCUGGUAUUUAUUACUGCCUCUGAGAGUUGAACUU